AUGGACUCGGCGCUGCUGAUUGGACCGGGCAUGCACACACCGGACCCGGGCACUCGGGCCCCGUGGAACAUGAGCUCCAUCGGUCCACACCGGCUCAUGGAGCUGGCCCCGCUCGCCACGGCGGGCUCCGUAGCUCCGAUCUACCCUUUUCCGACGGUGGACGUCCCGGCCCACGCCCACUACACCAUCGGGGUGGUCAUCCUCGCCGUGGGCAUCACAGGCAUCCUGGGAAACUUUCUGGUCAUUUAUGUCUUCUGCAGGAGCCGCAGCCUGCGGACGCCGUCCAACAUCUUCAUCAUCAACCUGGCCGUCACCGACUUCUUCAUGUGCGUGACGCAGACCCCCGUCUUCUUCAUCACCAGCAUGCACAAGAGGUGGAUCUUCGGCGUGAAAGGCUGCGAGUUGUACGCCUUCUGCGGCGCCCUGUUUGGCAUCUGCAGCAUGAUAACGCUGAUGGUGAUCGCCGUGGACCGGUACGUGGUGAUCACCAGGCCGCUGGCCUCGCUGGGCGCCAUGUCUCGCAGGAAAGCCCUGAGCAUCGUGACCGCCGCGUGGAUCUACUCCAUGGGCUGGAGCCUGCCACCCUUCUUUGGGUGGAGUGCUUACGUCCCAGAGGGUCUAAUGACGUCUUGUUCCUGGGACUACAUCACCUUCACGCCCUCGGUGCGCUCCUACACCAUGCUGCUCUUCACCUUCGUCUUCUUCAUCCCGCUCGCCAUCAUCGUCUUCUGCUACUGCUGCAUCUUCCGGGCCAUCCGACACACCACCCGGGCCUUCGAGAAGAUCAACAGCGGGGGCACCAGGGAGUCUGCUAAGAGGUUCCACAGGAUGAAGAGCGAGUGGAAGAUGGCCAAGAUUGCAUUGAUCGUCAUCAUGUUCUUUAUCAUCUCCUGGGCGCCGUACUCCUGCGCGGCCCUAACCGCCUUCGCCGGGCACGCCGACCUGCUGACGCCCUACAUGCACUCCGUCCCGGCGGUGAUCGCCAAGGCGUCGGCCAUCCACAACCCCAUCAUAUACGCCAUCACGCACCCCAAAUACAGGUCGGCCAUCAGCAGGUACGUGCCCUACCUGGGCGCGCUGCUCUGCAUCAAAGGCCGGGACCGCUUCAGCAGCAGCAGCUUCCAGUCCACCCGCCGCUCGACCGUCACCAGCCAGUCCGAGAUCCACCGCCAGUGCAAGCCCGCCCGCUCCUCGCAGUCGGACAGCGAAUCAGCCCGCCUCUCCGACGUGGACGAGGACAGUUCCUUCCGAACGCCCGUGAACCAUCAGUUGACCUACGAAGUCAAGCACGUGCGCCAUCCCAGCCUGAGGUUAAAGACUACAAAAGACCCUGAAGACAUCUUCAUGUCGGACCUCAGCCUCCUACCAAAGAACCAAAAUCAUCUUCCUGCCUGCAGUCUGGGUCGGACAGUGGACGAGCUGUGCCUGGGCACCUUCUCUAGGGCGCCGCCCGCCGUCAUCGCUACCUCCAUAUCCAGCCCGUCCAUACUGCACAGCCCGCCCGGUUUCCACGGCAACCUCAAGUUGAGCAAAACCUUCAGCGCCGUUGCUAAGGAGUCCCUAGACAUCGGCAGACUGGACACCACCAUGACGGCGUGAGCGUCGCCCCGCCAUCGACUUUGUACGCGCGUUCCAGAACUUUCCCUACCCGGGCGUGCUCGUGGUGCCAACGUCAAGCCCGAGCAUGCACUGUUGCCCUGAAACCUGGGACGUUUUACAUUUGCUACAGUGCGACAUACUUCAUCUCUGGUUCUGGUUCUGGUCCUGCACUGCCAACAGCUGCAAAAGGGGGCGUGGUCUAAAUCUGUAGAGGCUAAAGUGCUGAAAAUGUGUCUGUUGCCUGUGUUAGUAUUUUCCUAGCAAAUACAUGGUGGCGUCAAAAAUCGCACUGGCUUGAAUUUUCUCGCUUUUUUUUUUUUCCCCGCUGAAUCACCACGAAAUUUGGUACACACCUUUGGGAGACUGAAAAGCACACGCGUGUCAAUUUUGAGCAUGAUUGAAAAAAACUAAACAAAAAAAGCCAGUCAUCUUAGCCACAACCCUUAGGGGGCGCCACAAAUGUCUUUUACACUCCAUUGGCUAUUUCUA